AGUUGUUGAAAAGAAAAAAGUCAGCUUGUAGUGUUCGCAGGAGACCAAAAGAGAGCAGCUUUCUGAUCUUCUCUGCCGGAAUUUUCACGUCAGAAAGUUAUUCAGUAUCUUAAUAACUGAUGAUAAAUACGACAGAAAUUAUUUCAAACUCGUCGGGCUAAAGUUGUGGUCUUAAACUUGGGAAGAUGAGUUUUUGCAAGACCUGGUCUGUUGCGCUCCUGCUGCCUCUGCUGAUAUCAGCCCAGUACCAAGGGGACAAUGGAAUAGUCGUCCCGGAGCAUGGCUUUUGUCAGCCGAUUUCAAUUCCUCUGUGCACGGACAUUGCGUAUAACCAAACCAUCAUGCCAAAUUUAGUGGGCCAUUACAAUCAGGAGGACGCGGGGCUCGAGGUGCACCAGUUUUACCCUCUUGUUAAGGUACAGUGCUCUCCGGAGUUGAAAUUCUUCCUGUGCUCUAUGUAUGCGCCUGUGUGUACAGUUUUGGAGAAGGCCAUUCCUCCCUGCAGGUCAAUCUGCGAGAGAGCCAAGCAGGGCUGCGAGGCUCUCAUGAACAAAUUUGGCUUUCAGUGGCCGGACCGACUGCGCUGCGAGAACUUCCCUGUGCUGGGAGACGGACAAAUCUGCGUGGGCCAAAACGAUUCCACCGCCGCCACCGUACCACCCAUCAUGUCUGUCCCGGGGACCCAGGACUUCACCGUGGUCCCUCCUCAUGAGAGGCUUUUCCGUUGCCCUGCUGUUCUCAAAGUACCCCCAUAUUUAAAUUAUGAGUUUUUAAAUGAGAAGGAUUGUGCAGCACCAUGUGAGCCAUCAAAGAGCGGUGGGAAUAUGUUUUUCACUGACAAAGAGAUUCAUUUCUCUCGUAUAUGGAUUCUGGUCUGGUCUGUGCUUUGUUGUGCAUCUACAUUAUUCACAGUAACCACCUAUUUAGUUGACAUGCAACGCUUUAGGUAUCCUGAGCGACCUAUCAUCUUCCUGUCGGGCUGCUACACUAUGGUCUCCAUAGCCUACAUAGCUGGCUACUUCCUGGGGGACAGAGUGGUCUGCAAUGACAGCUUCAACCCGGAUGGCUAUAAAACAAUCGUCCAAGGCACUAAAAAAGAAGGUUGCACCAUCCUCUUCAUGAUGCUCUAUUUCUUCAGCAUGGCCAGCUCCAUCUGGUGGGUCAUCCUGUCUCUCACCUGGUUCCUGGCAGCAGGUAUGAAGUGGGGCCAUGAGGCUAUUGAGGCCAACUCUCAGUAUUUUCACCUGGCAGCCUGGGCAGUGCCAGCCGUCAAGACCAUCAGCAUCCUGGCCAUUGGGCAGAUCGAGGGUGAUGUGCUUAGCGGCGUCUGCUUCGUCAGUCUGAGCAACCUGGACCCUCUUCGAGGCUUUGUUCUGGCCCCUCUCUUCAUCUAUCUCUUCAUCGGUACCUCUUUCUUGCUAGCCGGCUUUGUGUCGCUGUUCCGAAUCCGCACCAUCAUGAAACACGACGGCACCAAGACAGAAAAGCUGGAGCGACUGAUGGUGCGAAUUGGCGUAUUCAGCGUGCUCUACACCGUCCCUGCUACCAUUGUUAUUGCCUGCUUCUUCUAUGAGCAGGCCUUCCGCACCCACUGGGAGCGCAGCUGGGUUAGCCACAACUGCAGGGCCUUGGCCAUCCCCUGUCCUGUCCAGACUGGGCCACGCAUGACUCCAGACUUCACAGUUUACAUGAUUAAGUACCUUAUGACACUGAUAGUGGGUAUCACCUCUGGUUUCUGGAUCUGGUCUGGAAAGACUCUACACUCCUGGCAUAAGUUCUACACAAGGCUGACAAAUGGCAAACAUGGAGAGACCACUGUGUAGUAGAAAGAGAUAUCUCAGUGUUUGCUGGGACUAAUUUGUGUAUUAUUACUUGUUUCUCAUGUGAUAGGUAAGUAGCACAGUGAGUUGCUAUAGAUUCUUACAGCAUUUGUAUUCUCCUCAGCUUUAUAGCCACACAUGCAUGCCAAACUGAGGGUCAGGGUUUGACAAAAGGGCAAGCUGGAUAAACAAGGACUGAACCUGACUGUCUGAACAAAUAACAAGCAUGGCUAUGGACGCCAUGUGCUGAAAUGUUAUCCACCCCCUCUCUCUUUUCUGAAAGCCACCAUAAACUCAAAGGGAGUGAUGAUCCUGCAGCCAAGAACAUAGAGAGUGGGAGAAUGAGCAGUGGAAGAACAGCAGUUUUUGUUUUUUUCUCUCUCUCUUCAAGCAUUUUUUUUUUAAGAAAAAAAUUGAAAUUGUAAAUAGUAUUUGUAAAAACAUGAAAUAUAUAUUUGUAUUUAAAGAAAGUAAAUACUUUUCCUCA